UCUCCUUCCCCCCUCAGUCAUCUACUGGCCCUUCCUAGGCUUCUCAAGACACCUACUGUCCCUUCCUGAGAAGAGUGUUCCAGGGUCUAGGGCUGGCGCCAAGAUGCACUGAGGCUGGAGUGGCCUGGCAGUGUGAUUCCCUCUGCCUGUCCUGAACCGCCAUAUCCUGUUCCUUGCCCGUGGUCCCAGAUGGAGGUGUCUAUUUCGCUACCUGGUAGCACUAACCCCUCUACUCCCCCUCCCAGUCAGCUGAGGGGCGCCAACGGGACGGGAGGUGGCCGGACGACAGCUGUGAGGGUGGCCCUGACCUUCCCGCAAUCGAUGGGGCGCGGCCGGCCGCGCGGAGCCGGGGCGGUGCUGGAGCCCCCCACCUGCCGCCGGGGCAGCUAUAAAGCAGGGGCGCGGGGCUCAGGCUGCAGCUGCACUGCUCAGCACACACGGAGCCGGACCAUGGAGCAUCCACUGCCCAGGCCUCCGCUGUUGCUGUUGCUGCUGCUCGCUGGUUCCACCGCGCUCCCGGCGCUCCCCAGGAUCUCAAGACAUUCAGACGGGACGUUCACUAGCGAGCUCAGCCGCCUGCAGGACAGCGCCAGGCUGCAGCGCCUGCUGCAGGGUCUGGUGGGGAAGCGCAGUGAGCAGGACGCAGAAAAUAUCCCAGAGAACAGCCUGACCGGGUCCAAGCCCUCAGAGGACCAGCUCUGCUUGCUGUGGUCGAACACUCAGGCCCUACAGGACUGGCUCCUCCCUAGGCUUUCCCUGGAUGGGUCCCAGUCUCCGUGGCUGCCUCCUGGACCAAAGCCAGCUGUCGAAGUUUCAGAGUGGACUGAAGCAACCAGGCGGCCCCGAUGAGGGAGGAAGGGGAGUCUCCAGGAGCCUGGCUGGAGCUAGGGUUUGGUUGUCACUGGCAUCAAUAAAGAAGGAAUUUAGA